AUGGCAAAUGGAGCCGGCAAUGGUGGUGGUGGAGCUGGUGGCAAUGGUGGUGGUGGAAACAACGGAGCAGGAAACCGGGCGGAGGAGUUACAACCCCACCCAGUGAAAGAACAACUCCCUGGAAUUCAAUAUUGUGUCAACAGUCCUCCUCCUUGGCUUGAAGCGGUAGUGUUAGGUUUCCAGCAUUAUUUGUUGAGUCUUGGUAUUACAGUUCUCAUUCCGAGUCUAUUAGUUCCACUCAUGGGAGGUGGUGAUGCAGAAAAGGUUAAAGUAAUACAAACAUUACUAUUUGUGUCUGGAUUAACAACAUUGUUCCAGUCUUUCUUUGGAACUCGAUUGCCUGUGAUCGCUUCGGCUUCUUAUGCCUAUAUCAUUCCUAUCACUUCCAUCAUUUAUUCCACCAGAUUCACUUACUACACGGAUCCUUUUGAAAGGUUUGUGAGAACAAUGAGAAGCAUACAAGGAGCUCUGAUUAUCACUGGUUGUUUUCAAGUUCUUGUCUGUUUCCUCGGUGUAUGGAGAAAUAUUGUGAGAUUUCUAAGCCCUCUGUCGAUUGCUCCUUUGGUAACAUUUACCGGAUUGGGACUCUACCACAUUGGUUUCCCUUUGGUGAAGAAAGGACCGAUGAUUUGGGAUGGAAAUAGAUGUGACCGUUAUGGAAUGAUGUUAUGCAUUCCAGUGGUAUGGUUGUUCGCUCAGCUACUCACAUCGAGUGGUGUUUAUGACCACAAGCCUCAAACUACUCAAACCAGUUGUCGUACAGAUCGUACUGGUCUAAUCACCAACACUCCUUGUCCAACUUUCGACAUCACUGAUUCUUUUGCGAUGAUGGCUGCAUCUUUUGUCACUCUCUUUGAGUCGACUGGUUUGUUCUAUGCAUCGGCAAGAUAUGGAAAAAAUGUUGGACUUUUAGCAAUGACUAAGGUUGGGAGUCGAAGGGUGAUACAAAUAUCAGCAGCAUUCAUGCUUUUUUUCUCCAUUUUUGGAAAAUUUGGAGCUUUUUUUGCGUCCAUACCAUUACCAAUCAUGGCAUCUCUUUAUUGCAUCGUCUUGUGUUUUGUGUCUUCUGCGGGACUUAGCUUUCUACAAUUUUGCAACCUCAAUAGCUUCAACACCAAAUUCAUUUUGGGAUUUUCUUUUUUCAUGGCUAUUUCAAUCCCACAAUACUUCAGAGAAUACUACAAUGGAGUUGGCAGAUGUGAUAAGAGUGAUAUUCAUGUCACAUACAACGGUUGCGGCAAUAAUUGCGAUAGUGCUUGA